AUGUCGCCCCGAGACCCCGUCGACAAUCCCCGCCGCCUUGACGCCGCACGGAACGCCACCUCGCCGUCCUCCUCCUCGACACCUCGCUGGAGCUGCCCCGCCGUCCUCUAUGUCGUCGACCUCGUCCCCGUCCUCCACCCCGAGCACCACUGCCCGUGCCCUACGAACCCCUGUGAGCUUCCCCCUCUCCCUUCUCCUCCGUUAGCCCCUGUGGCCGAGCCCGCGCUCGCGCCCGCCCGUGCACAACCGCGUCGCCACGGCUCCCACUGCGCCUUUGGCGCACGCAGACCAAGCCACCCGCUGCCGUUGCUCCCCCUCUCUUCGCUCGCCGCGGCCAUCCGCACGCGCGCGUCCCACACCUUGUCGGGCCGCCGCUGCCUCUUCCGCAGCUGCCGCUUCGUCCCCGCCUCGCCUGGUCUUCCCGUGCACGCCCGCCCACGGCGCGCACCGCCGCCCCUGACCGCUUCCACCCCACGCUGCGCCCCACCGUCGUCCCGAGCGCCUCGGCUGCCCACGGCCCGCCUAUUGCCAUCGUGCCGGCGGGCUCAUGACCACGCCGCUGCUACGCCGUUUCUGGCCGCAGCCGCCUCCACCGCCCGGUCGCGCGACCCCAGCCGUCCUCUACUGCAGUCUGCCACUCGGUCGGCCUCGCCGCGGCCCCGGUCGUCGCCCGACGUCGGUGCCCAUCUACGCCGCGCGGCCCUCGCCUGGUCGGGCGCCGCUAGCGCCCGUAGCCCGUAA